AUGGCGGACAACAAGGAUGCCUCGACCGGCCACACCAAGGAGAAAACCUUCCGCGCCUACACGAACGAGCAAGGUGCGACCUACUCCCAGGUGCGGCCAGGCUACCACCCCAACCUGUUCAAGCGCGUGUUAGACCACCAUGUUUCGACCGGUGGCCAACUGGGCACCCUCAUCGACGUUGGCUGCGGACCCGGAACGGCGACUCGGCCCUUGGCAGCACACUUCACUCAUGCCUUUGGACUCGAUCCAUCCGAAGGCAUGAUUUGCACUGCUCGUCAGAACGGCGGUACAUCUUCCUCAGGCGAGCCCAUCCAAUUCGAAUGCUCGGCCGCUGAGGACCUAGCCGCGGGCCAGAAUCUCAUUCCCGACGGCACAGCCGAUCUGAUCGUGGCCGCAACAGCGGCGCACUGGUUCGACAUCGCGAAAUUCUGGCCACGCGCCGCCGAGAUCCUCCGGCCCGGCGGCACGGUUGCAUUUUGGACCACCAGCGCCAUGGAGGCGCACCCGUCCGUGCCGAAUGCCGAAAAAAUCAACGCGGCGAUGGCGGAGCUGCGCGAGCGCGAGCUGAAGCCGUAUAUCGAGAAUGGCAAUCGCAUCAACCGGUCCCUGUACACAGAGAUGUUCCCCUUACCCUGGGAAUGCGAUCCGCCAGUGUCAGAAUUCGAGCAGAGCACCUUCUUCCGCAAGGAAUGGGGCACACCGAAUAACGACGAUGCGGAAGUGCAGGGCGGAGAGCUGUUUAUUCAUGGGCAGCGAGAGUUGUCACUUGAUUUGAUCGAGAAGAUGCUCGUGACUGGCAGUCCUAUACACCGGUGGCAGCAGGCUAAUCCAGAUAAGGUGGGCACGGAUCAAGAUAUAGUCAAGCUGAUGGUAAAUCAGAUUGCCAAAUUGUUGCAGGAGGCCGGUGUUCCUCCAGAGAAGGCGACAUUGAAGGGGAGUAUUUGUGGAGUUUUGAUCAUGGUCAAGAAGAAGGCGUAA